CCCUCUCAAACACUCCCUUUCUUUCUCUCGCUCCCUUCUCAGCUUGUAGUAUUUCCGCGCUUAUGCACAACACUUCAUAAGCCUAUAUGACUUCUCGGACUCUUCUUUUUUAACUCAAAUGGCCACGAAUAAUGUUGCAGCUCGUCAGAGCAAAAAGAGAAAAGAUUUUAUACCUUAUUUUUUGGGGUUAGUCCUGUUCCUGUAUUGCACCGUUCAUCUUGUAUCAUUCACAGCCAAUACAUCUGACUGGAGUCACACAAGACGGGUGCGCCGUGCCCUUGAGGACGAGAACGAGACAGAGUGUAUCACACCUCAGUCGUCCGAAUUUCCUGAUGGCUUCUUCACCGUACAGGAGAGGAAGGAUGGAGGCCUUGUCAUCUACUUCAUGCUCAUUUUCUACAUGUUCUUAGCCGUCGCUAUAGUCUGUGAUGACUACUUCCUUCCAUCCUUAGAAGUCAUCAGUGAGCGUCUGGGACUGUCUCAAGAUGUCGCUGGUGCGACAUUCAUGGCCGCUGGGAGUUCUGCACCUGAACUGGUGACAGCCUUUCUGGGUGUCUUUGUGACAAAGGGGGACAUUGGGGUCAGCACCAUAGUGGGCUCAGCUGUCUACAACCUCUUGGGCAUCUGUGCUGCAUGUGGACUUUUGGCCUCUAUGACAGGACGUCUCUCCUGCUGGCCAUUGUUCCGGGACUGCUUGGCGUACACCAUCAGCGUCGCCGCCGUUAUUGCUAUCAUCUCUGAUAACAAGGUGCACUGGUACGAUGCUGCCUGUCUCCUACUGGUCUACGGCGUCUACAUCAUUGUCCUGUGCUUUGACCUUCGCAUCAGUGAGUUUGUCCUGAGGAAGAUCAGUCCUUGCUGCGCCUGUCUGGGUAAAGCCUCAGAAGAAAAGAACGAAACACGACCUCUGAUGGGCCUCUGGCACGACGACACAAGCCUGCGAGUCCACAGCCGCUCUAGGACAGACAGUGGGAUCUACCAGGAUGACUCGGGAUAUUCGCAUCUCUCCCUCAGCUUGCAUGGCCUCAAUGAAAUUCCUGAUGAACAUAAAGGUGUGUUCUCUAUGCCCGAGAGCGACUUGAAAAGGAUCCUUUGGGUUUUGUCUCUACCGAUCAUCGUCCUUCUUUUCCUGACCAUCCCUGACUGCAGAAGGAGGUUCUGGAAGCAGUGGUUCGUCAUCACCUUCUUCAUGUCUGCCGUGUGGAUCUCAGCUUUCACUUACAUCCUGGUGUGGAUGGUGACUGUUGUUGGUGAGACACUGGCCAUCCCUGAUACAGUAAUGGGACUCACACUGCUUGCAGCUGGAACCAGUAUACCUGAUACUGUAGCCAGCGUCAUGGUGGCCAGAGAAGGGAAAGCUGACAUGGCCAUGUCCAACAUUGUGGGCUCAAACGUAUUCGACAUGCUGUGUCUGGGUUUGCCAUGGUUCAUCCAGACUGCAUUUGUGGACACCAACAACCCCGUGGAGGUCAACAGCACUGGGCUAGUGUUCAUAUCCGUAACACUUUUGCUUUCUAUCGUCUUCCUCUUCGUGGCCGUCCAUGUGAAUGGGUGGAAAUUGGACUGGAAAUUGGGACUUGUUUCACUGGUUUGCUACAUUCUCUUUGCUACUCUGUCUAUCCUAUAUGAGCUAGGGAUUAUUGGAAAUAAUCCUUUAAGACUGUGCAGUGACUGAGAAAUGACCCCAUCCAGGACCAAGUCAUGUUUAUCAAGACUCUUGAGAAUAUAUUCCAAGCAUGUUCCAACUUGUACAUCCUCACAAUAAUAUCAGCAAUGCCAUGAAGCAUUAGGAUCAUCUCAGGAAGAGGGUGACAUGUACCAAAGAUCACGUUCAACCAGGUUGCCACCACAAUAUGAAACUUUCUCCGGUAGAGUCAGACAUCUUAUUUAAAACCUCAGAAAUGGAGAAUAUGUUUCAACCAGUGUGCGUAGAAAGAAAUAAACAAAUGGUGUCAA